UCAUAUUUCCACAAAUAGCUGAAAGUCCCUGUAAGCUUGAAUUUGGGAAGGUUUGUGAACUAACGUGAAAGAUAUAUGAACCUUGUCUGAAACCCGUUGACUGGGAAUUGGUCGCUACAUAAUUAAAAGCAUUUAAUUGAUUUCCGAUUGUAUUACUUUGCAUAUCCAUAUUUCUGUAGGGAGCAAAUUUGUUCACGGAGCGAGAGAGUCGCACAUCAUCACCGCCAUCAGUUUUUGCGACAAAGGAAUACCGCGAAGCCGUGGCAGAGCGAAUGAGUCCAAGAACAACGUUGCUUUGUGCUAUAGUGUCAGCUGAAAUUGUACUUCUGUAACUUUGCUAGCGGGACUGGAUCAUAACUUGCCAUACAUCAAUCUGUCAAAAUCAGUUUAAAUCCAUUGAUACUAUACAAUCACACAUAGAUCUAUUAUUGUUACGAAUCGUGAUAAUGUUACUAAACGUUAGAGCUGAUUAGCUAGUUAGCAUCUUGUGAAACUGGAUGGAGCUGGCUCGCCAGCUAAGUUAAGAGAAAUAAUUUUGCCAGACGUAGUUGCAGAUUUUAAGUUGUCGACACAGCUAGGUUAUUAACUUACCUUUCUGUGGAAUCGGGCGUUCACUAUUACCAAGCUUGUUAGCUAACGUUAGCUGUCUUCACUCAAAAGCUAGCUAGCUAUAUGCAUCACUGCCAUACUGUUUGUUUAGCUAGCUAGCUGCUAGCUAGUUAGAAAUAUAAUAUGGUCUUUUGUUUUCUUUACUUUGCUAGCAUUAGCUGCGUGUAUGGUGAUAGUUAACGUUAAUUUAGUAAUAGCAACUAGCUGUUGAACUAGAAGAUAUAUAAUUUAUGUGAAAAGUAUUCGUUGUUAUAGUCGGUUUGAUUAUUGAGCGCUGCUACAAUGUCGCUCCACGGCAAGCGAAAGGAGAUCUAUAAAUACGAGGCGCCAUGGACUGUGUAUGCGAUGAACUGGAGUGUUCGGCCCGACAAACGCUUCCGCCUGGCCCUUGGCAGCUUUGUGGAAGAGUACAACAAUAAGGUCCAGCUAGUGGGUCUGGAGGAGGAAAGCUCAGAGUUUGUCUGUAGGAACACCUUUGACCACCCUUACCCCACAACUAAAAUCAUGUGGAUCCCUGACACGAAAGGGGUGUACCCUGACCUUCUGGCCACCAGCGGAGACUACCUGCGUAUCUGGAGGGUCAGUGAUACUGAGACCCGUCUGGAGUGCCUGCUCAACAACAACAAGAACUCUGACUUCUGUGCUCCGCUCACGUCCUUCGACUGGAACGAGGUUGACCCCAACCUGCUAGGCACCUCCAGUAUUGACACCACCUGCACCAUCUGGGGGCUGGAGACAGGCCAGGUGCUGGGGCGGGUCAACCUGGUGUCUGGCCAUGUGAAGACCCAGCUCAUUGCACAUGACAAGGAGGUGUAUGACAUCGCGUUCAGCCGGGCGGGGGGCGGCCGGGACAUGUUUGCGUCGGUGGGGGCCGACGGCUCGGUGCGCAUGUUCGACCUGAGGCACCUGGAGCACAGCACCAUCAUCUACGAGGACCCCCAGCACCACCCCCUCCUGCGGCUCUGCUGGAACAAGCAGGACCCCAACUACCUGGCCACCAUGGCCAUGGACGGCAUGGAGGUGGUGAUCCUGGACGUGCGUGUGCCCUGCACGCCGGUCGCCAGGCUCAAUAACCACCGCGCCUGCGUCAACGGCAUCGCCUGGGCGCCCCACUCCUCCUGCCACAUCUGCACUGCAGCGGACGACCACCAGGCCUUGAUCUGGGACAUCCAGCAGAUGCCCAGGGCCAUCGAGGACCCCAUCCUGGCCUACACCGCCGAGGGCGAGAUCAACAACGUUCAAUGGGCCUCCACGCAGCCCGACUGGAUCGCCAUCUGCUACAACAACUGCCUGGAGAUCCUGAGGGUGUAGCCUCCACGCUGGGACCGGGUGGGGAAAGGUGGAUAGAGACCAGUCAGGCCAGGACGAAGAUAACGGAAAAAAGGCAGACUGACACAGGAUCGCCGUUUCUCAGCACUCGCUGGUGAUAGUGGGAUCGUAAGUCCAGGAGUGUGUGCUGGUGUUUGCGUCUCAGGAUGUAGUGACUCAGACGUAAUGGUUCGAGGAAGGUUUUAUUGCUGUCUUAAUGAAUGUGAGUUUCAUAUAUGCAUUUGAGCGACUUAAAAAGGGUUGACGACCUAUUUGUAGGUUUCUCCGUAGCAGAAUGCCGCCCUUGAAAGAAGACUCGUGUCAGAGUUACGGCUCCUCUCUCGGCCUUGGGUUCCCUGCAUUUCCACUUUUAUACAUCGGCACUGUUUUGUAACUAUGAAGCUGGAUCCCUUGAACAUUUUAUACUCGAUACCGAUCACGUGGGGCUGGAAAGAUGUAGAUGUUACUCCCUUUAAUCUCUGUGUUUGUCAAAGGAGUGUGACCCGUCUCACAGAACCUAUGUUUAUGUGGUUUAGCCAAAAGGGCAGAGAAUACAAUUACUGAGCAGAUGACUUUUACAAAUAUAUCACAAGCUCCAUAAGUAGUAAACUGUGAUAUGUAGUGUUUUUUUAAUCUAUUUUAAUGUGAGUUAAUGUGUAUGAUCCUUUCUGUCAAAAUUCUGGGGGGGUUGAAAAGAUAAAACAUAGCUCUCGUUCCAUAGAAAACCGAUGGUAUAUGUGAAGGCAAGCAACUGAUGAUGUGGUUUCUGGUAAAUAUGCUGGUCGGGGCUGGGGUUGGCUACUAAAAUAAGAGUGCAAGUUUGUCUGAUCUGUGAGUUCGUACAUGUAUUUUUAAGUGGUGUGCCAGUCGGGUGUUAGCUAGGUCUCCAAGGCUAGUUUAUUAGCCUUCUAAUAAAACCGUUGGAGCCAAUAGUUUGGACAUUUUCGGGGGAGACGACGAAAUGAAAACUGGAGGCGCGGGGUGUCAUACGUUUUCACAGUAGUCCCCCAGUCCCCUGCCGCUCGGCCCCUCAUCCCCGGCACUCCGGAGAGGUUGAAGAGGGGGUCCCUGUUCUGGAGGUGUGGACUGGGGAGUGUGUGGUGUUGGUGACGCUGGAUGAAGGAUGCGGCCCUGGGUCCUAAUGGGCCGGAGAUUGCACUGGCAGUCUGAGAGGAGGGGGGCUUACUCUGGACAUAUGGACCAAAGGGUCGCCGGUGACAUAGUGCUGCAAAUCACAAACUUUUGUUUCUCUGUGGUUUUGUGUCCUCAUCUGUUUUGUGCUCAAUAUUUAAAGGUGAACAAUUUAGCAUGGUUGUAGUGUGAAAAUAAAUAUAUAUAUAUAUAUAUAAAUGCUUAUUUCUUUUUUCCUGAAAUUUCAAUUAGACAAUUACUCAGGCGGUCUGUGUUCUUGUUUUUCUAGCCCUUUUUGUCAUUGUGUGUAGAAUAUUUUUACUGUACAAGCCUAUCUCUCUGCAUGGCUGUGGAACUCACCCGAGUGAAAGAGUGGACUGCAGAACAGGUUAUGACCAGCACCCUACUGUAGAUGUGCAGCUGCAAAGUACCUUGUAAGUGAGGUAGAUGUUAAAACUUUGUAUAAUAUUAAUUCUGUGCAGUAGUCUGGUUCAGUGGUCUCAGCAUUACGGCAGACAAAACUAGUGACGUUUCAAAAGGUACUCAUCACCUGGUUGUACUUCUGAGGAAAAGGAAGGAUGAAAACAUGUUCCAUUCCUUGAUUAAUCUGACCUACCCUUGAAGUCCAUCUCAAGGGCUUCUUUUUGGGCCCUUCAGUACCUCAGACCUCUAGAUGAUAGGAAACCGUAUCCUAGAUUGGGCCUUUGUGUUCGGAUAGUCCUGUGGUCCCAUUUGAUCUCAAACUCAGCUCUCAGGCUCCUCACCACCAUCACUCAGGCCAGUCUGAGUUCCCUGUCCCCUUCCUCUGCAGCAAUGUGCAUUAAUAAUAAAAGGCCCCCUGUGUUGUCGCUUCUGAAUGAUUUUCUGUUCUAGUGUACUCCCCACAGGUUGCUGAAAGAGGAGUGCUCACUGAAUGUUUAUGCAUUUACUGCUGGUGCAUGUUCUUCUUUUUGCAGGGAUGGAUUCAAUUCUGUAAAAUGCUACAAAAGACAACACCGCUGUGGAAAAGGUUUUUAGUAAUGAAUGGCAUGGUUUGAAUUUAAAUUGUCUUACUUUCCACUUUUGUACUGGUAUUAAACAUGUUAUUGCUUUGAUACAUUCAUAUAGAGUCCUCUUCCACAGCGAGGUGAAUUCAUUUGUUUUUGCUAUACACUGAAGACAAUUGAGUUUGAGGUCAAGCAAUGUACAUGAGAUUACAGAUCCAAAUUUCACUUUUCUUUUCCUGGUAUUUUUAUCUAGAUUAUUAUUGUUAAACAACUUAGAAGAUAUCAGACCACCCAAUUUUUAGGUGAACAAAAGUAUUGGAACGUGACCGACAGGUGUUUCUUGUUGCCCAGAUAUGUCCUGCUAGAUUGUUAGGGCAAACAAUAAAUAGUCCUGAAUGUUGGUUUUAGCCUUGGGUUUUGCCUGUGAAGACUGCAUUUGUGUUAGAAAAGAUAAACAUGAAGACCAGAGAGCUGUCUUUGGGAGAAAAGUAAGCCACUUUGAAGCUUAGAAAAGCGGAAAUCGAUUAGAGCCAUUGCACAAGCAUUGGGGAUAACUUGGAUAAGACCUAGAACAGGUUGACCAAGGAAAACAACAGGAGUUGAUAAACAUUGUGAGAGCUGUGAAGAAAAACCUAAAAACAUCAGUCAGUAACAUCACAAACAAUCUCCACAGGACAGGGGUGAAGGUAACUCAACUUCGAGAGCAGCAAUACAGAGGUUAUAUCAGAAGAUGCAAACCACUCAUCUGUAGUAAGAAGCGGAAGGCAAGAUUGCAAUUUGCAAAACAUACAAGCUCAUCUAAUGCCACGUAAUGUAAUGGUAGCAGCAGGAUGAAUUCAGAUGUCUACAAAAACAAUCUGCCAGAAAUGCAUCCAAACUAAUUGGGAGGAACUUCAUCAUGCAACAAGACAAUGACUCAAAAGACUCAACACAACAAAGGACUUCAUUACGGAAAAAAGUGGAAGGUUUUAGACUGGUCAAGUCAAUCACGAGACCUUAACCCCAUUGAACAUGCAUUUCACCUCCUGAAGACCCUGAAACAAACAACAACCGAAAGAGGCUGUUAGCAUCACAAAAGAAUGCAACAGUUUGGUGAUGUCAAUGAGUCACAGGCUUGAUGCAGUUAUUGCAAGCAAGGAAUAUGCUACCAAAUAUUAAGUGUUAUUUACUUUCGUUUACUUAAAAUACAGUUUUUCUCACCCGAAAAUUGUGUGGUCUGAUACGAAAUGUGCUAUGUAGUUUAACACAUUUCGGUGUAAAGACCAGGAAAUAAAAGCUGAAAUUCAGAA